UGAAUUUGUCUUUCGUGGCAAAAUGGCAUCCACGAACACACCAACGCGAAAUAGGUGUAAACAUGGGGAGAGCGAAAAAACGCUUUCUGAACGUGGCUGCCGACGGGGGUUCCCCAGCCCAAGAAUCAUCGCCGAUCCUCCGUCCAGCAAAGAAGCUCUUUGCCGAGAACAUAUGUCAUCCCUCCCGCCCGCCGAGACCACUAUUUUCCACCUUCCCGCCUCCCAUCCCUUUGAUUCUUCACAUACACAAUACAUGCUCCUAAAAUCUAUAAAAAAGUUUUGUAAAAAGCUUCGUAAGAACGGGAAAGCACCUGUUACUGCUGGCAGUGUUCGUCCAGACAGCGUUGUCAUUCACGAAGAUGCAGCCACUGCGUCGUAUCGUCCGUCGUUUCUUUGGGAGUCCGAUGACGAUGUGCGCCACUCGAUACAGGACAAGACGAAAGCAAUACCAGGACAGGGCACUUCCAGACAAGAACCCAGAGGGAGCAACCGGACCAGUGACAUGUUGAAAUCCUCCUCUCAGACUGGCCGUUCGCAUGACUCUGUCAGACCCUCGUAUUAUGCGACACGCCCAUCCAUCGACUCUACCCGGUCAGCCACAGGACCUGGAUUUUCGUUUUCAACGUUUACCCCAACUCCUAUUGACGCCCGUUGGACACGACGUUCCGCCGAUAUGCCGCGCGAGGUCCACCAUCCCUUCCCUCCCCUGCCCCCAUCAAAGCUGUCACCGCGACCCUCCUCCGUUACCUCCUCCACACACUCUUCAUCCGUUUCCGCCCACCUUGACGCACAGAUGCAAGCACUCAAUGGCGUCUUUUCACGCAUACGAGCCGCACAGGAUCUCAAAAAGGAGAACCUACAACGACGAGAACGCUCAUCCUUUGAUUUUCCCCGGCCCGGUGCCCUCACAGCAUCGGUCCAUGGAGCAGGCCGUGGAUCACAGGACACGUAUGGAUCCCUCAAAACGCAGACGGGGAGAAUCUCCCAGGACACUCUAUCAGCAACCCCAUCGCGGUACGAUGCCCCAAAAAGGUCCUUUGAUCAACCAAGACUGCAAGCACCGUACCUUCCUCCACCGACUCCCAAGAGUAGACCCAUCAUUGUCAUUACACCAACACCGCCAGAUCAUGACGCUCGAUCGACCGUGUCGCAUUGUACGCAUAAAUCCAAUCGGACAGAUUCAGGCUUCCAUCGAAGCGAAUUGGAGUCUUUAUACAUAGAUUUGAAGGAUUUAUCCUUGGAUCAGUUGGUAGAAAAGUAUGCGACCGUAACCUGAAUUGAUGAGCUGAUCAGCAGUAUCUUGCGUGGACGUAGAGUCCAAGCAUACAUGUUCGUAAAAGGAAGAUAGACUGAGUCAAUGGGCUUGGGAUCCUUCUCUGCCGUUUUAUCUUUUCCCUGUACAUUUUAUACUUGAUUGUAAUUGAUAUUUGGAAUAUGUCACGGAGACCUUGGACUUUUUU